UGUUGGUGGCUGGGAAUAUGAGGGAAGGGAAUACAUGGCGAUGUGCUCAUCACAUGGCGCACAUGGAGAGGGGAGAUAUACCCAGUUUCAAACAUUCCGAAGACAAAUAACGAAUAGACACAUCUCAACGCCGACUUCCGGUCGUCAGGAAACACGUACCCAAAAUGACCGAGGCAAUGCUCUUUGCAAAAAGGAGCAACAGACAACUAUGUUGGAGUUGGUCAUUUUAAAGCUGGAAAAUUUACAAGGAUCAGCGCAAUGAAUCUGUCUUCAGUCGGUGGUACUGUUGCUGUCGGACCAUAUUCCAAAACCGAAGAAACAAGCAAAUUGAUCAAAAAGGACGCUUUUUAUAAGUUUUCCACACAAAAUCAGUUUUUUCGGAGAGUAUACAAAAGUUCCGAUGACUUUCUGUUAGUAUACCCUGACGGAACAGAAGUAAAUCGCCUCCCCGGCAACAUUGCAAAUUUCACCAUUUCAGGAUAUCGGGAUUAUCUUGACCCUCGCCGAAGAUACGACAGAUUGAGAUUGUAUCUUUGCCUUAAAGAAAACCACAGAGGCGCGAACAUCGAAGUUGUGACGGAUAGUUCAUCCGAAGAUGACUUGCCAACUAUUGAAGUAGAUAAAGCUCGCCAGUGACACCCUUCCAUUGGCACAGAGCCCUAAUUUGGUGGUAGAAUGUAGAAUACAAAUUCAUGAUCGUUUUGUCCAAGAAUCGUUCCCAAACAAUGCGGCUGGCAAGGACCUCAUCGAGUUUGUUGCCGGAGAGUCUGCAACAGACGACCUAACGCUAAUGACUAUCAACGGGCGGGUCAUAACACCUGACAGCCGGCUGUCGCAGUUUUCCGGGGAUUCAAACAUUCUUGAACUAUCUACGACGAAGAGAGUGUCAGCAUCGGGUCCUGUGACAGCAGUGUAUGACUGGGAAAAUAUGGAAGAAGUGGAAGCUAUUGUCGACCUGGCACUACAGAAAAUUGGUUCUUCCGAAGAGCCCACGAGUGUUCUCAGAGAAUACCGGAAGACAUUUUUGCAGGGGAGGCCUUUGGAUCUUUCAUCGGACGAAACCCCAAUCGAAGGCGACACAAGGCUUUUAUUCAUUGGAAGGAUGUCUCUAUGGGAAGAUUUGGUGUCCGAGUUUGAGUCUAUAGAGAACAUCCGGGAUCCACUUGAAAUCAAGUUUUAUGGAGAGGUCAGUGCUGAUUAUGGGGGUCCGAGGAAGGAAUUUCUGAGACUUGCACUGGACGAAAUAAAAGAAAGAAUUAUCAAUCAUGAAGAUGGUAUUUACUCCCUCUUCCAGAAAACAGACCUGAUAGCUACCCAUGGCUAUUACUAUGCAGGAAUGGUUGUUGGUAUGAGUGCACUUCAGAACGGACCCUGUGCGGACUUUUUGGACAACCUUGUUAGCAACUGGCAUGAUAAGGAACAUUACACAAUGUUCAAGAAGGGGUUGGAGAGAGUUGGCCUAUGGCAGCUGUUGGAGAAAAAGCCCUCAGUGAAAUACUUAUUCCGGAGACGUAUUGCAAAGGUUACGGUGACAAAAUUACUUUACCUAAUACAAACCCCAUUUCAUGAGGAGGGAUCAAACAGGCGGAAAUUAGAGGAAAGGACAUAUUCUGCAUUUCGACAAUAUCUGAGAGAAGUCGCCGCUGGAAGAAAAGGUUCCAUGACGCUGGAGAAAAUCAUGCAGUUCAUAACUGGCUCGGCAGAGGAACCUGUGCUUGGCUUUGAAAUGAGACCAUUUUUCUGAACUACCAGGCGACAUUCCUACUGCCUCCACGUGCAUUAACAGACUUUACCUCCCUGUUUCCACACGUUUUAACCAUGCGGAGGACGAGGUGCUUUUUGACCGUUUUGAACUGGCAUUUCAUAAUGAUUAUUUUGGAUUGUAGUAAUGUUGAUUGUGAAAUACAAACUGGAAGAGACAUAAAACAGGUUGUUACAGUGCGAUCUUAUUUUUAGCUUACCUGGCCCGAAGGGCCAUGUGAGCUUAUGCCGUACUGUGGCGUCCGUC